UUCGAAUUACAAAUAUGAAUAACCAAAAUAAUUUUAUGCAGGGGAUUCCUCAAGUUUCAAACCCUCCUGAUGCUCUACAAGAUGCUCUUAAGAAGGCGACAGUAGUCAAUGUGGUGUUCGUCUUACUUGCUGCUGGAGCGAUUGGAUACAUGUUCUACUUGUUCAAUAUCGAAUAUUAUUUGAGCUUCUCAGACUUGCUCAAUUUCUACCUUGCUCUGUGUGUUGCCAAUGUUCUUUUCAUUGUGCUCUAUUUAGCUAUGCCCAAGAACCAGACUCUUAACAGCUCAGGUGUAGCAAUUGUGGCGAUUCUUCUAUUUCUGUUCCAUUUCAUGAUAGGGCUGCUAUGGCUGAUCGAUUUCCUUAGAAAAUUAAGGUUCUUAUAUGAAGAAGAUUAUAAAUUGUUCAUCCCAUUUAUUAUCAGCGGCUUUGUACAGGCAAUUAUGAAUGCAGUCACACUCUGGGUAUACAAUGUUAGAAGAAAGCUGAUAACUUGGAGCCAAGCUAACCAGGGAGGAUAUGCUCAAAUCCUCAACAGCCCUCCAGCCAAUCCAGGCCACCAAGACUUCCAAGUCCCCACAGGAGAACCUCUAGGCGCCAUGCCCACUGGCCAAGCAGCCCAAAUAAAUAGAUCUGGCCUACAUGAAGACCCUUAAUGUGACCUUCUUAAGGAUUUUUAGAUA